GUGGGUGUGAUUGGCUGAGACGGCGGCAUCGAGCUGUUAGUGUGUGCUCGGCGACUAAGGCUCUUUCUUUCUCCAGAAGAUUCUCCGGGCUGACUGUAAUCCUUGCUACCUGCCACCAUGAUGGGCCGCCCGGUACUCGUGCUGAGCCAGAAUAUGAAGAGAGAGUCUGGCAGGAAGGUCCAGACUGGGAAUAUCAAAGCGGCCAAGACCAUCGCUGAUAUCAUCCGGACCUGCCUGGGGCCCCGAGCUAUGAUGAAGAUGCUGCUGGACCCAAUGGGCGGGAUUGUAAUGACCAACGACGGGAACGCCAUUCUCAGAGAAAUUCAGGUGCAGCACCCCGCCGCCAAAUCCAUGAUUGAGAUCAGCCGCACCCAGGAUGAGGAGGUGGGAGACGGGACCACAUCUGUCAUCAUUCUGGCUGGAGAGAUGCUGUCAGUCGCCGAGCAAUUCCUGGAGCAGCAGAUGCAUCCAACUAUUAUUAUCAGCGCCUACCGCAAGGCCCUGGAUGAUAUGAUCGACAAUCUGAAGGAGAUCAGCACCCCUGUUGACACAAAUGACCGCAAUCUGAUGCUGAAGAUCAUCAACAGUGCCAUUAACACCAAGGCCAUCAAACGCUGGGCGGACAUGGCCUGCAACAUCGCUCUGGAUGCCGUCAAGACUGUGGAGUUAGAGGAGAACGGACGCAAAGAGAUCGACAUCAAGAAGUACGCCAAGGUGGAGAAGAUUCCAGGCGGCAUCAUUGAAGAGUCCCAAGUUCUGCGCGGCGUCAUGGUGAACAAAGACGUCACACACCCAAAGAUGAAACGGAUGAUCAAGAACCCCCGUAUCAUCCUCCUGGACUGUUCCCUGGAGUAUAAGAAAGGAGAGAGCCAGACAGAGAUCGAGAUCACCAAGGAGGAGGACUUUUCACGAAUCCUGCAGCUAGAGGAGGAGUACAUCCAGCAGAUCUGCGAGGAUAUCAUCAGACUGAAGCCGGAUGUGAUCAUCACAGAGAAGGGAAUAUCUGACCUUGCUCAACAUUUCCUGGUGAAAGCCAAUAUCACCGCCAUCCGCAGAGUCCGCAAGACCGACAACAACAGAAUAGCCAGGGCCUGUGGAGCUCGCAUUGCCAGCCGCACGGAUGAGUUGCGAGAGGAGGACGUGGGAACGGGUGCCGGGCUAUUCGAGAUCAAGAAGAUCGGUGACGAGUACUUCACCUUUAUCACAGAAUGCAAAGACCCAAAGGCCUGCACUAUCAUCCUGCGUGGGGCUAGCAAGGAAAUUCUUGCGGAGGUGGAGCGCAACCUGCAGGACGCCAUGCAGGUCUGUCGCAACGUAAUGAUCGACCCAUACCUGGUCCCGGGAGGGGGAGCAUCAGAGAUGGCCGUGGCAUAUGUCCUCACAGAGAAGUCCAAGACCAUGACUGGGAUUGAGCAGUGGCCAUACCGUGCUGUGUCCCAGGCCCUCGAGGUCAUUCCACGAACACUGAUCCAGAACUGCGGAGCCAGCACUAUCCGGGUGCUAACCUCUCUAAGGGCAAAGCACACCCAGGAGGGCUUUCAGACUUGGGGUGUGGAUGGAGAGGCCGGCGUCUUGGCGGAUAUGAAGGACCUAGGAAUCUGGGAGCCGCUGGCAGUGAAACUGCAGACUUACAAGACUGCAGUAGAGACCGCCAUCUUACUUCUCCGCAUUGAUGACAUCGUAUCCGGCCUCAAGAAGAAGGGAGAAGAUCACGGUAAGGCCACACCGGCCCCAGAGAACCCCCAGGAAUGAAGACAGCACGGGUGGCCGGUCACAUGACUUGGUAGACCCACCUGGAAGCGGAUGCAGCACUUGAGCAGACCAUGCGGACGGGCGUCCCGACAUUUCAGCGUAUACUCUGGUCAUGCAGCAGAAGUUGUUUUGUAUUUAUUACUGUUUGAGUUUGGGGGAACAUGGCGCUAGCUGGGGGGGCCAGG